GAGUUUACUCUUUGUUUAAAAUGUAGUGUUAACAGUCAUGACAUAACUUGUCCUCAUGACAACAGUAAAAUGGGAAUCCUCUACAUCCUAGUUCCCAGCAUAGCCAUCCCUUUGGUUAUUGCCUGCCUUUUCUUCCUGGUCUGUAUGUGCAGAAACAAGCAGAAGGCAUCUGCUGCUACACCACAGCGCCGCCAGUUGAUGGCAUCUCCCAGCCAGGACAUGGAAAUGCCACUCAUUAAUCAACACAAACAGGCUAAACUUAAAGAAAUCAACUUGUCCACUGUGCGGUUUAUGGAGGAACUAGGAGAGGAGAGAUUUGGCAAAGUCUACAAGGGGCAUCUUUUUGGUACAGCGCCAGGUGAACAGACACAAGCUGUUGCUAUCAAGACCCUGAAAGACAAAGCAGAACUCGCUCUUCGUGAAGAAUUCAAACAUGAGGCAAUGAUGAGAUCACGAUUACAGCACCCAAACAUUGUUUGUUUGCUGGGAAUUGUGACGAAGGAACAACCAAUAAGCAUGAUAUUUAGUUACUGUUCCCACAGUGACCUCCAUGAGUUCUUGGUGAUGAGAUCUCCCCAUUCGGAUGUUGGCAGCACUGAUGAUGAUAAGACAGUAAAAUCAACUCUGGAACCAGCAGACUUUUUUCACAUUGUGACUCAGAUAGCUGCAGGAAUGGAGUAUCUUUCAAACCACCACGUUGUCCACAAGGACUUGGCCACUAGAAAUAUACUGGUGUUUGAUAAACUGAAUGUGAAAAUAUCCGAUUUAGGCCUUUUCAGGGAAGUUUACGCUGCAGAUUACUACAAACUGAUGGGAAAUUCCCUUCUUCCUAUCCGGUGGAUGUCCCCUGAGGCUAUUAUGUAUGGCAAGUUUUCUGUUGAUUCAGAUAUAUGGUCCUAUGGAGUUGUGUUGUGGGAAGUUUUCAGCUACGGUCUGCAGCCUUACUGUGGUUAUUCUAACCAGGAUGUCAUCGAGAUGAUCAGGAACCGACAGGUUUUGCCAUGUCCUGACGACUGCCCCACAUGGAUGUACACUUUGAUGUUGGAGUGUUGGAAUGAAUUUCCCAACAGAAGACCAAGAUUUAAAGAUAUACACAACAGACUAAGAACAUGGGGAAACCUUUCUAACUACAACAGCUCAGCGCAAACCUCUGGGGCAAGCAACACCACGCAAACAAGUUCUCUCAGCACGAGCCCUGUUAGCAAUGUCAGCAAUGCUAGGUACGUUGGACCAAAGCAGAAAACUCCAGCUUUCCCUCAACCACAGUUCAUACAAAUGAAAGGGCAGUUGAGGCCAAUGGUUCCACCUCCUCAGCUCUACAUUCCAGUCAAUGGUUACCAGCCAAUGCCUGCCUAUGGUGCUUACUUGCCAAAUUUUUAUCCCGUCCAAAUUCCAAUGCAAAUGGCUCCUCAGCAAAUGCCUCCCCAGAUCAUUCCUAAACCAAGCUCCCACCACAGUGGGAGUGGAUCCACCAGCACAGGCUAUGUAACAACGGCGCCUUCCAAUGCGUCGGUGGCCGACAGGGCUGCUCUGCUCUCGGAGGGCACAGAUGAUACACACAAUGGAACGGAAGACAUUGCCCAGAAUCCUGUCCAGGAGGAAGAGGAAGAGGAGGGCUCUGUGCCUGAAACAGAAUUGCUGGGCGAUAAUGACACACUUCAGAUGGACGAAGCAGAAGUUCAACCAGAAGCCUAAGGAAUCUGGGCUCAUUACUAAGAAUUUCACAUCACUUCCAUGCAUGGAGACUGUAGAUCCUUAGGCUUAAUAGCGAUGAUUUUGAUCUAACUAGAAGAAAGAAAACUAAAAAAAACCCUACACCCUUGUAAAGUGCAGCAGUAAUGAUAUACCAGGUUUAUCGACCAUUGCCACCAUCAGAUUUUUCAAAUAUGAUGGUAUGGAAUUGCUGGGUUAAUCUUUUUUUUACUGUCCUACAGUUCUUGAGGGAAGCUGCUUUUCAGUUAUGUACUGUUGCUGUGCAACAUAUUGCAGAGUAGCAUUGCACGUCAUGUAUAUCAUGAUAUAUGAGUGUAAUGUUAGUGAAUUAUGCUUAAA